AUGUAUGUGAAAUGUUUUGAAACAGCAAUGUUUUGCUAUGUAAAAUUUGUUUGAAAAAAAUGACAUUUUUUAAAAUUUUCAAAAUUUCCCGCCACCGGCGGCGGCGGCGCCCGUACGUCCCGAUGUCACAGGGACCGCAACACAGAAGCCGGAUGCCGGCAUUUGCCGGAGGAGAUGAAUUGGACACACUGCAGGGGACACAUCGCGGGAGCGAAGGACAAGGUAAGCUCUGCAGGGACUCCCUAUGCAGCGCCGCAUGGUAAGCCCGAGUGUAGCUCGGGGGGGUUACCGCUUUUUGGUACUGACAUUUUACCCUGAGCUACACUCGGGAAUACCGCCAGGGGGGUUAAAUUGAUGCCCUUUGCACAUGAUCA